UCAGUUGGAUCGAGUGAGGCACAAAGCGUGCACCGCGUAGUGAGCGCUGUUAGAAUUUUUUUGUUUGGGCUCCCCGAGGAACCGCGAGUCCGACGAACUCUGGGAUAAUCGUGUUUUUAGUGUGGCAGUGAGUGCGUGAGUGGCGACGAUCGGCCACUUGGAAAAGGUGUCGACGUGCACCGUCGAAAUCAGUGGCGUGCACUAAUAUUCCUCGUUCUUGUGGUGGUUUUUGAACAUUUAAGAUAUUCUUCAGCGAUGGCGUUGAACCAGGAUUUGGAGCAGCAGAAGCCUCAUCACAUCGUAACGAUGGAUCAGAACUCUGACUCGGACCUACAAGCUCUGUUCGACAGCGUCCUCAAACCGGACUCGACUAAGAAACCGUUGCAAGUCCCGUUCAGGAUGCGAAAUCUGCCAAAUUCAUUUUUCAAUCCGCCUUCGACAGGUUCGAAGUCGCCUUCUAUAUCACAUUCGCGCGAGAACUCUGCCGACUCUGCGUUCGGAUCCGCUGCAGGCGGCGGUAGUGCCGGCGCAGGCGGCCAAGUCACAGUUCCUGGUCUACAGGUGUCCCAUUCGAGGGCGCACAGUUCGCCUGCUUCGUUGCAGCAGACUUACAAUGGCAGUGUCCUCGGGCCACAGACACAAGCGCAACAACAACACCAUCAUAUGAAGCAGAGAUCCUACGAUGUGGUGAGCGCUGCUCAGCUUCAGGAAGAACUCGGACCGCUGCCUCCGGGCUGGGAGCAAGCUCGCACGCUCGAAGGACAAAUCUACUAUCUCAAGUAA